UCCGAAGCAGAUCUUCUCUGGAUUGCUAGGUACCCCACUGGGGUGCAAUUAAAGUCAUACAUCCUGCUGUCUAAAGGCAGAGAGGAAGGGUGGAGGAAUUCUGACUCCAUUCAAAGUUCAUUCAUGCUACUUAACUGUGGCAUGCUGUCAAGACCUCCUCCCUUCACCCUUCAAGCAGAAAGUGGAAGAAUGGGGUACUAGUCUAGGCCCAGGACUUCUGCUCUGUAGGUAUGGGAUGCUAGAGAUAACACUGGACAUGGACCUAAUUACUGAACAGAACUUCCUGGCUACCUGCUUGACAUGUACCUAAAAAGUUCUUGUGGUUCAGACUACACCAUGGGUAUUCCCACCAGACCAUCAGUUUAGCCCAUGACAAUGUAAGGGGGCAGGCAUGAUGCUUUUCCAUUCAACACAAAGCUUGACAGAGUAGUAUUUGAAGAACUUUAGAUGUCAGCAAUAUGCAACAGCAACGAUCAGUCUGACAGUUAUAGCUGAGUUUUUCAAAAGUGACUUUUGGAUUUAGGUUUUGGGACCUUCAUCUGCCAUGCCACAGCCUGAUUAUUCUGUGUACCGAGUGUCUAAAAUUCCUUCUAAUGGCAAUGGGUAGUGUAAAAGGUCUUACAGCUCUCAGUAUUAAAGCCCAAAAUAUCUUGUACUAGCCAGCCCAAAUGAGAGGACAAAAAUAAAAUUUUUCAUUGUUUAUCAGGUAAUUUUUCAUCUGAGAUCUGAUUCAACUAGGUGAAGGACCAGAAUCCAGCAGGCAGUUGAGGGUGUGUUUCCAUGCUGGAGCUCAGCCUGUCAGAUACUAUUUUCCCCCUUUUCAUUUGUAGGUCUUCAUCUGUAGAUAUCAAAGUGCUUUAAAGCACUGUGUUAAGCAUUGUUAUCUCUGGUUUUUUAGAGCUGAGGGAUAUGCAGCUGUGCCAAAGUGACAAGCCAGACUUCACACAGGACAGUAGCUCAGCUGAGGAAAAUGGCUAAUCAUCAUGAGUCUUUGCCCAGUGCUUCAUCAGACCCCUCUCCAGUGAACACAGUGGGUUUUUUUGUAAAACUCCUUGACUAAAUCCUACCAGUUUAGACACAAAGGACACCGACAUGAGGUGAAUUAAGCAUGCAGUAGGAUUUGGCCAAAAGAGAGGAAAUUACUGUAUCUUCCUAUCUUCCUAUAUAAUCAAUACCUUAAAUUUAAUGAGACCUUGGCUCUGACCUGGUGGGUCCUUGCCUUGAUUUGGGAUAGCUGCUCUUGUUGGACUAACUUUCUUUACUCAGUAACAGCAGCAGCGGCAGUGUGGUGUAGACAUGCCUAAACUAGCUUAAACAGUUCAGGUACUGCUAGCCACUGAGCCAAAGAACCAUGGAGUUCAGCACGGGCUUGGUGCCUGAGGAUUUUAUCCUGCUCUUUGAGUUUAGCAUUUAUUUACUAUCUCAGCUCAAGCAAGCCUUGCAAUUUGUUGAAAAGAAGGCUGGUGGGUCUGGUGCCCUGUCGGCACUAGUACUUUUUCCGGCAGAGGUGAGCGUGGCGCUAGGGUUGAUUGUAGGACAUGUAGCCAAAGACAGUAGUGUCAUGAAAUCUGUUUUGCCUCUCCCUGCCUACUAUUCUCCCUCUUCUUCCCCACUCUUCCACUGGUCUUCCUCAUUAGCUGCCUUGCCUUUGAUCCCAUUUGCUAUGAAGUUUCCUAGUCACUAAGUCUCUACUGGAGAUCAUGAAUACCUAGGAGCUGGUGAAGGCUUGGAGAAAGAGCUGCCUGCUGGAAAUGUCACUGGCCUUGCCUGACUGUGGCUGUAACAGAAGAAACUGUAGGGACUAAAUGGGAAAAUCCAGGACCAUUCCCCCUGUGUCAGGUUGGGACUCGGAGUACUGUGUCCUAGUCACAAAGAGAGGCAGAGACGCAGAGGGGACUGUCGGCUGGUGCAGGCAGAACCAAAAGAUAUUUAAUCAGCAAUUAGAAACACCUGAGGGCAAGGGAAAUUCUACUCCAGCCUCGAGCCUCAUCUCUCAGCCUGCAGCAUGGAAUAUUGAAUACAGCUGCCCGGCCACCAAUGAGUGUGAGAUCACGAAACGGAGGCGCAAGUCCUGUCAGGCCUGUCGCUUCAUGAAAUGCCUCAAAGUGGGGAUGCUAAAAGAAGGUGUUCGUCUGGAUCGAGUCCGUGGAGGCCGUCAGAAAUACAAAAGGAGACUGGAUUCUGAGAGCAGCACUUACCUGAGCUUACAGAUCCCUCCCCCAGCUAAAAAGCCAUUGACUAAGAUCGUCUCCCACUUGCUGGUGGCUGAGCCAGAGAAGAUUUAUGCCAUGCCUGAUCCAACCAUGCCGGAGAGUGACAUCAAAGCCCUGACAACCCUCUGUGACCUGGCAGACAGGGAACUGGUGGUGAUCAUUGGCUGGGCAAAGCACAUCCCAGGGUUCUCCAACCUGUCCCUUGGCGACCAGAUGAGCCUUCUGCAGAGUGCCUGGAUGGAAAUUCUCAUCCUGGGCAUUGUGUACCGCUCCCUGCCAUACGAGGACAAGCUGGUCUAUGCUGAGGACUACAUAAUGGAUGAAGAGCACUCUCGUCUGACAGGGCUGCUGGAGCUCUACCUGGCCAUCCUACAACUGGUGCGCCGCUAUAAGAAGCUCAAGGUGGAAAAGGAGGAGUUUGUCACACUCAAAGCUCUGGCCCUCGCCAACUCAGACUCCAUGCACAUAGAGGACAUGGAUGCAGUGCAGAAACUCCAGGACCUUCUCCACGAAGCCCUGCAGGACUACGAGCUGAGUCAGCGCAACGAGGAGCCCCGGCGAGCAGGCAAGCUGCUCCUGACCUUGCCCCUCCUGCGGCAGACGGCUGCUAAAGCUGUGCAGCACUUCUACAGCAUCAAACUGCAGGGCAAGGUUCCCAUGCAUAAACUCUUCCUAGAAAUGCUAGAGGCAAAGGUCUGACAGCCCCAGCACCAGCCGACAGUGGCCGGGGAACAAACUAGAAACAAAGAUGCAGACAAUGGAGCAAUCCAAACAGCAGCAGCAGCCGCCGCCAGCUUUUAUCUCCAAUCAUUUAUUAUGGAAGAAUUAUUUAAUGUCUAUCUGUCGGCGUGACUGCAGAAUCUUGUGUACAGGAGGGGGAAAACUUUUAAUCAGUCACCUGUUUCUCUUUUUUUGUUGUUUUCUCUGUGGGAAAUACCAGAUUAUGCUCUUGCACUUGUUGAGGCAUCAUGGGGGCUCAGCCCCUCUGAUCAGUGAUGCUCUCAGCGCUGUCCAGGCUGCCUGCUCCCCAGCACCCUCUGCCAGUUCUGGAGGGAGGGUGGGGACAGAAGCAGGAAGAGAGGAAGAAUAGAGUCAAUAUAAACUUUAUCUGCUGGUGUUAUGAGGGGUCAGUUAGAAAGGGAAGCAGCUACGGUCCGUCUUUUUCUCACCUUUCUGCCUCUUACCAUAGAGUAGGUGCUCCUUUGGAGAACAAUGCUGCUGGACCUCUCCUGAACAAAAAGGCUGCCUCCCAGACUCCUCUAACACUUGUACAUACAGGCCCCACUUCUUACUGGGAAAGAUGCUCCUAACUGUGUAAGAUAUUCUGCGACCUUGUACAGUGUGUCAUUACGCCUGGCUAGUCCCUCCCAUGUACAAUCCCUGCAGGUCCCUGAAGAGGUAGGAUGUAUGUCCCUGAGAAAAUGCAAGUCUUUCCCAAAUGGCAAGAGAAAAGAGCCUGAUGUUAUGCUUCAGUGCUGGGUUGACUUGAUAAUCUCCGCAUCCUCUCCUAUGUGGUGCUAACUACAAUUCUUCCACACUUUUCACCCCAUAGUGUAUCACACCUGCCUCUUCAGCUCAGCUGAGUGCCAUUCCCCACCCGUUCCUUGUGGCAGAGAACACAAGGCUUUGUCUGCAUGGUUACUGCCCAAGUAUAAAUACACCCCAAACCAGA